AUGAGUUAUAGAGAAAAACCAGACUAUAAGUAAAUAAAAUAUUUGGAUAAAUAGAUAUUUUCAAUACUUAUUUAGAAAAAUGACUUUUUAAUAAAAAGUUGAAUAUAGAUUUGAUUGGCUAGAUGAGAAUUAUUAAGAGAGUAAAUCUGGUUCAAUAUCACCACCAAAAUAGUAAUCAAUAAAAGCGAUGGAUAUAUUGCAUUUAAUGUAGUAAAUCUAUUCACCAAAGUAGUAAAAAUAAAGUGAAGAGUUUGAUGAUACAGGAUUAUCAAAGAGAGAGUCAAAUGGAAGAUUAUCAAUAGGAAAUAACUCUUAUAAUUUUUUAUCUUGUGAGAAUAGAUUAAAUUUAAGACAUAAAAGCACAAGUUCAUUAAAUGAAUCUAAUUAAUAAUAUCGUGAUAUUCAACCAGAAGGAAGUUGUAUGAUAGCAUAUUAGAGAAAUGUAAGAUUUGGACCAUUUCAAAAUGAAAUAAAUAAUACUCCAAAAUAAGUAGAAAGAAGUCCAUUGCGUAAAAUAAGAUUAGAGUUCUUCAUAAAUUGA